UCGCAGCCAACCCGCACGCGUUUGCACUGUCAUCGAUUUAAAAUGGUUAUACUGAAAGGAAUCCCAUCAAUACUUACACCUGAAUUACUGUAUGUUUUGGCGCGAAUGGGUCAUGGAGAUGAAUUGGUUCUUGCUGACGCAAAUUUUCCAACCGCGUCUAUUUGCAAAUGUGGUCCAGCGGAGAUAAGAGCCGAUGGUGUAGGUAUACCAGAACUUUUAAAGGCAAUAAUGAAGCUUUUUCCUCUUGACACCUAUGAUGAUCCGGCAGCUGUCAUGGAUCUUGUGCAAAGUGACAAAUUAAAGGGUCUAGAGGUGCCUAUAUGGGACCAGUACUCUGCCCUUCUGAAACAAGCAGGAUCAGAUGGUAGUUUCAAAUUCGUUGAGCGGUUUGCUUUUUAUGAGCGUGCCAAAAAUGCAUUUGCUGUAGUGGCAACCGGGGAGACUGCACUGUAUGGAAACCUCAUAAUCAAGAAAGGUGUAAUUUCACCUGAUGAACAAUGUUGAACUGUGCUGAACUGAUUGUACCAAAAGUUAUUAGACCAAAAUAAUGCAUUGUUAAUGCACAGAAAAAAUAAAACCAAUUAUUUUUAUUGUAUAUGUUAUUAUAUAAACAUUUGUAAGCAAAAUUAUAAAAUAUUUUUAAGCAUUUAAAUGUUGAAGUAAAAAAACCAUCCUGGUACAUACAACAACAAUACUGUAAGUUAUGAGUCAAUGUAUAUAUUAUUAUGUAAAAACAUAUUAUUUAUUUUAGAGUACAAGAAUCAGACUAAUACUAGUACAUACAAAAUGCUUUCCACGGGAUCAGACAUACUGGAGCAUGCCUACCUGUUUUUUCUUCCUCUGUGCAACAGGUGUAGCUCAAUACCCAUCUGGCACCAUUUCAUUCUGUUGCCUUUAUUUUGGCAGUUUACACCAGCUGAAUUGAGCUUUGUGAAAAAAUUCUACAAAAUCAACUAAAAAUAUUGUGGAAAUUUCUUCAGUGCUUUGCAUAAAUAAAAACGAAUCUGACAAA